AUGGUUAUCCAUGCAUUUCAGCUUCAAGAAGCUCGUUCGGAGUUCACAACAUUCCUGUACAUGAUGCUGGGGAGCAGCAUAGGUGACCGCAUGGCGCGCUACAACGCCGUGCUGGAAGCAGCUCUGCUUCAUGCUGAUGUCACCACCCUCAACGAGCUGCAUCACUACUACGUCAUGAUCAGGAAAAAAGAGGCCGUAGCUCUGGAGAUAUUAAAGGCAUCACUUGGAAUUUGCCAUUUAAAGAGACUAAUCGCCAGCAUCUUCAGCAUUACCAACAUACUGAUGUUCGCUCGAAUGAACAACAUCUAUAUCUCCAACAUCGCCAUAUUCUUACCACCGAUGUGCAGCAACCUGGCAAUCGCAAAUUUCUAUUAUCUGCGAGGACAAAAAAUUACAGACCUGGUGUUGGCGACUCAGGAGGUUCUGCAGACUGCCCCUUGCCUCAAGGAAGAAUCAGCUGCUGAGAUCAACAAAUUCAUCAUGACGACCUCGAAAAGUUUUGACAUGACCGCCGGCAGGAUAAUUAUUUUCAACGUGCCCGGUGGCUUCUUGGACGCACAGUUUCAGUUCACAGUCGUGACUGUCCUGUUGGAGCUCUACGAAACUUAA